AUGGACAACACCGCUGCCAUGGCCACCGACAACAUCGUUCGUAUCGCCAGGGCAGCCGCCGAGACCAGCGUCAUGAUUCGUGUGCAGCACCUUGCCGGCGCGAAGAAUGUACUCCUUGAUGUUUGCAGCGGUGUGAUCUCGAAUGCUUCUCCAGUCUUCACGGCACUGGCUAGCAAAGCACUAACAGACAUAAACCGUGCCGUUUCAGUCGAGGAUGGCGGCGAAUCUGUCUACCUCCUCAUGUGCCUCCUCCAUUUACGCACCGAUCUCUUGCCCGCGAAGCUAGCCGCAGAACCACUCGCCGAGCUGGCGCAAUUGGCAGUGAAGUACCAAUGCGCCGCAGGAAUCAGCCGCAUGACAGUACCCUGGCUGGAUCGUGUUUUCAAUGCCAGCGCUGACGGCAAGUUGGUGGUUGAUACUUGGAAAGCCGUGCAAACAGCAUAUCUUCUCAAUGAGCCUCUCUACUUCCGCCACUUCACCGAUCGUCUGGUGCUCGACAGUCCCACUCACACCAGCCUAACCCCAACCAUCAGCACAAUCGAGCACAUCGAUCAACAGCUGCACACUCUAGCCACGCAACUCCAAGAUCGGAGAGUCGCACAGCUCGCGGCCGUGCGGGCUGAUCUGGACUUACUGAUCGAGCCUUGCUCAGCAGUCUUUUCAAGGGAAGCGAAACACUUCGUCGACUAUGCGCCUGGUAUGGAUCCUGACGCCGAUGAUGAGGGGAAAGUGUCGGGAAGUUUGUGUCACGUGGACGAGGGUGGAGCAACAACGUAUCUGGGCGCUUUGAGGGACGAGAGGAUUUGGCCUUUGACAGUGUGGCAAGGCAACUUAGCAACUACCCUCACACGCCUCCGCCAAUUUCGCGUUCCAGAGUACGACGACUGCGACAAGUGCGAGUUCUGCGAGAACAUCAGAGAGCGCUUCACUAAUGUCCUGGAACUGGUGAAGCACAUGCAUAAGGAGAGGUUGUGGGGGUUAUGCUUGGACUGCUUCAUGGCUGGCGGUGUGAACCCGGGCGAAUGUCGUGUCGAGCACCCAAAGAUUGUGAAGACCUAG